AUGGAUGAAUUUGGAGGGAAACACAGGGAGAACCUGUGGCAGAUAGAAACGAGCAGCAUCCAGAUAUCCGAUCCUGGUACAGAAUCACGGCAUAAAUGCAAGUGCAUGUACAGGCAAACGGACCUUGCGCAAUUAGGCGAUGUUUGUGUGUGCUCUGCAUACGAUGAGACGCCAAAGCAGCCGCGUAGAAGCACAUGCCUUCAUUCAUCAACACUCUUGGCGAAUAAGGCUACAGAGCAGCAAGCGAAUGGCCACAGUAAGAAACACGUGUACACAAAUUCACGUGAUACAGGCACUGAUGCUCAUGCCGCAUACACCCACUCUGCCAAAGGCCCACAUUACAACAAGAAAUAUCAACUGUAUAAAACAGAAAUGUGUAGGAGCCACUCAGAGGUUGGCUACUGUAAAUAUGGGGACAAGUGCCAGUUUGCACACAGUGAAGCCGAGCUAAGAUAUGUGCAAAGACAUCCAAAGUACAAGACAGAAACAUGCAAGACAUUCUGGGAGGAGGGAAGCUGUCCAUAUGGCAAAAGGUGCUGCUUCAUUCACAUUCCAAACAUUUCACUCCACAAUCCAAAGGAUGUGCACAAAGGGCAUAGAAAGGUAGGCAGGGCUCUUGCUGAUUCUUGCCGUGAUUUUUCAGAAGCCAAACCAGACAAUCCCGGAAGUGCUGUUGUGUGCACACAAAUAAAUGUGUCUGAGAUCACAGAUAAGCACCACUGUGACGAUUCCUGGAUGCCGAAUGAUAUUCCUGGAUCUCAGGCGUUUUCUGGUGAUCUGAGCAUCCGUGCUUCAUUACAACAGCGUGAUCCAUGCAACGAACGCCGAUUUUCAGAUUGUGCUAGCUAUUCAUUCGAUCCGAUUGUUGAGGAUUGCAGCGGAGACAUGAUGUUGAAAAGACCCUUUUGGGAAGAAACGAGCCUGUCAAUAUGGAUGGACGAUGGCAUUGAGAUGUUCUAUCCAAACCGUGUUGCUAGGAAAAUGCGGAGUGGAGGGAUGUUUGCACCCGGGGGAAUUGUGUGCAAAGCAUUGAAUAAGAAAGUAUCACAGUUUGUGCUUGAGCACCUGGGAAUGUAA